AAAAAGUUAAGAAAUGGAUUCAGAGAAUUCACGAAAACAGUAUGAAGACUUACUGCUUGAAGCUAUGGAGAAGAUCAUCAGGCUGGCUCCUAGAAAAUCAGACCAACUUAAGACAGAAGCUAGUAAAGCAGCAGAAAUUGUUCAAAAUGAAGGUCCAGACGAAAGAGAUGCCAACAAGUAUUUCUUUAUACUCAAGAUGGCGCUUGACAUUGGAAGCAAUAAACUUCGUAUCCAAAUUCUCAGCUGCAUCCAGAAACUCAUCUCUCACGGAUUUUUGGAUGGAGACUGUGACGACAAUUGCAUCUACGCUGACGGCGGUAGAGCUAACCAUGGCAACAGUAAAUACGCCAGAAAGCUCAUCGAUGCAAUCGUCGAAAGUAUUUGAAACUGAGUCGAAGAUGGGGAUUCUGACGUCCAUCUGCAGGUUAUCAAAUGAAUAGUGACUCUGAUCUCAACAGUAUCCUGCAAAAUCCACGAAUCUUCCCUUCUGGAUGGGUUCAGGGCAUGUUAUAAGAUUCACCUGUCAACGACGAAUUCGACCAACUCUAAUGUGUCCAAAGUCUCUUUACAUCAGAUGAUGACCAUUGUGUUCAAGAAGAUGGAAGCCUAUGCAGGCAACUUCGGAGUCGACAUCCAAACUAUCCAGAAGAGUCUGGAUGCGAAGUUCAACAGCCGCAAGAAGCCAAUUCCGAGGCUCCAGAAAGACUUCGGUGUCACUGAGUUUGCAGCCUCAUCGUUCUUUAAUGAAGAAGAAGAUUACCUCGAAGUGUCAAGAGACGAAACUGACAAAGUUGGAACUCAGAUCAAUUUUAGUUCUCAAGACCAGUAUCUCUACAUGCUUUGCCAGAAUAUGGUUGACAAUGUGUGCAUCUACCACUCGAGGAGAGAUGCUCUUCAAGCCAAGAUCAGCCACUUGAAGAGUCUGGAGUCAAAGGAAGACGACACAGACAAAGUCCAGGAAGAACUCAAAGCACACAUUGUCGAGCUUGAACAUCUGAAUAUCAGGGUUGUACCAAGACACCAGAGAAAGACAAGAACCAAGCCAGCCGUCAGAGUCGACUUUGACUGAGACAACGAGAAAGGGAUCCCAUGAGGAAAAUUUGGAUGGUGAGUUGUGUGUCGGAAAGAAGCUAAUCUCUAUUGUAAAGACACAUUCUAUUCUAUAUGUUCACUUGAUUGCAAACAAAGACUCUUGAAUCUUCUUGAUGGUGUUGACUCAGAAAGGAAUAGCUCGCUCCCUCAACUCUACAACAAUGAAGAAAUGAAGAGACAUUUUACUGACGCCAUACUACUGUUUAAGAGCAUCUGUAAACUGUUCAUGAAAGCAGAAACUACAAAUAUGAAUACUUACACUUUGAAAUCACAGAUCAUGGGACUUGAGUUAAUACUCAAUGUUGUAGAAAAGCCAGGAGCAACCUUCCUGACCAGACCUGAGUUCAUUAAUAUCAUCAAAACUUCUCUGUGUAAUGGGCUUCUUCGCCACUGUGUCUCCAAUGAGAAAACUGUGUUUGCUCUGUCGAUCUCAAUCUUCUACGCUCUGUUCGUCCACUUCAGAGAACACUUGAAAUUUGAGAUCCUGGUAUUGAUCGAAGAAAUCUUUCUGAAAGUUCUAAACUCAGGCAACUCGAACUACCACCACAAGUACCUGAUCCUCAGAGUCUUCGACAAGAUUGCCAAGAACACGAAGCACUUGAUCGAAAUAUUUGUGAACUAUGACUGCGAUGUUGAGUCGAAAGAUAUUCUUGAGAAGAUGAUUGACACUCUCAGCAAGAUCGCCCAGGGAAAGUUCAGCAAGACCGAACAUUCCAACAUGCUCACUGAGAAGGAAGAGCAUUCUCUCAAACUGUACGCAUUGAAGAUCUUAGCCUCGAUUGUGACCAGACUCAACCAGUUCUUAUCCGAAGAACACAAGGAAGCCAGAGAGGAAGACAACAAGCAGCAGAGUUCAGGAGCAUUCAAGAAUGAGUUUGAAGAUGACGAAGAAGAAAGUCCUCAUUUCAUGCACCACUCAGUGACAGAGACAUCAAUCUCGAUGAGUAACGACCCUAGGAAAGAUAACUAUGAGCGGAAUAGAGCUCUGAAGAGUAAUAUUAACAAAGCAGCCACCAAGUUUAAUCUCAAGCCUAAGAAAGGUAUUGAAUAUCUCCUGGACUUUAAUAAUGCUAAAGACAUCGCUUACGAGGAAAAGCUUGAACUAAUUUUGAACUUUAUAAAAACCACUCCAACUCUGAAUUUGACUGCUAUCGGAGACUACCUAGGAGAAGACAUCCAGAUGAAUAAGGAUGUGCUCUAUAAACUAGUAGACUCAAAUGAUUUCGUUGGAAAGGAUAUAGUCACUGGACUCAGAAUUCUUCUCUCUUUCUUUAGGUUACCUGGAGAGGGACAAAAAGUUGAUAGAAUAAUGGAGAAAUUUGGAGAAAAAUAUGUGCAAGAUAAUCCUGGAACUGUUGGUGACUCAGAGUGUAUUUACUUGCUAUCAUAUUCUAUCAUGAUGCUUCAGACAGGACUGCAUAAUCCAUCUGCAAAACAGCUUGGAAUGGGUAUGGAUGAUUUUAAGAAGCAAGCAAGACUAAUCAAACCUGAUUUCACAGAUGAAUUCCUUGAACAAAUCUUUUAUACUAUCGAAAAAGAACCUAUCUCUUUGAAAGAGGAUGAUGAAGCUAGAUUAAAACAAGAAAGUUCUAGUGCUAACUCUUAUAAAAGAAAACAGGAGAUAUUUAUAAAAGAAGGACAAGGUCUGGCCAAAAGAGGAUAUGAAUUAAUGAAGGACAAAAAGAAAACUACUCAGUUCAUCCUUGUCAAUAACAGUGAUGCUAUUGGACCUCUAUUUGAGUCUUGUUGGAGUGCAAUGUUUGCUGUAUUUUCAAUGCUUCUGGAACUCCACGAUGACCCAAACAUCCUGGCUCUUUGCAUUGAUGGAUUCUUGCACUCUAUCAAGAUUUGAGGGUAUUAUAAUAUGAGCACUGAGAGGAAUGCUUUCGUGUCUUCCCUUGUAAACUUUACAGGAAUUUACAAAGUAACCGAUAAUGAUGGUUUGCUAAAGAGAGAACUUACUGAGAAAAAUGUAAAGUGUACUCAAGCUAUUAUUCAUUUGGCAAUGCACGAAGGCAACUACCUUGCUGAUUCCUGGGAAAAUAUUUUGAAAGUUGUCAGCAUGAUCAAUUAUUAUCACAAUGUGGGAUCUGGAGCUAGAGGAUAUCAAGACCUUUUCACUGAAAUGGAGCCGAGGAGUAGCGAUCCUGAAGCUGAGGCUAUUAAAGCACAGAAUGCUGCUCAUAUCCUUACAGCUAUUGAUGAGGGAGAUAUUGAUAUGAUCUUCUCCAAUUCAAAAGCAUUAAACCAACUUGCAAUCGUUGAUCUGAUCAAAUCAAUGUGCAAUGUAUCAAGAGAAGAACUUAAAAAGGCAGAAGGCCCAAGAAUCUUCCUUCUUCAAAAAUUGGUAGAAGUCUGUGAUAUGAACAUGAACAGAGCCAGAAUUGAGUUCUCUAACAUGUGGAAUGUUAUGAAAGAUCAUAUUUCUACAGUGGGAUCUCAUGAUAACGAACAAGUUGCUGUAUAUGCUAUUGAUUCUUUAAGACAGUUAGCCAAAAAGUUCCUCGAAAAAGAGGAAUUAAACAAUUACCACUUCCAGAAACACUUCCUGGAGCCAUUCAAUAUCAUUGUGCUAAACAACAUGCCAAUGAGGAUGGGUAUAAUCCACUUCAUCAUGAGCUGUAUGUGUUCAUUUGCAAAGCAAAUGACCAAAAAUCUUAAGUCAGGUUGGGAAAUUAUCAUCGAAAUCUUCAAAUUCGGAGGAGAAAAUGAUAAUGACGAACUCUCCAAAGAAGCUAUUGAAACGCUCAACAUAAUCCUUGAGAAGGAAAACUUCCAAUAUGUUGAGGAAUACUUUGAAAAGAUUAUCAAUUGUUUAGUUAAAUUCAUGAAUAAUACCUUCGAAGAUCAUGCCAUGCUAGCACUUGACCUCAUUGAAAGAGUUGCAACCUAUCUCGGAAGUAGCAAUGAGUUUGUAGAGAGAAUUAUCGAGAAAUCUAGAGAGAUGUUUAAUACAAGACAGGAAAAACUUGAGUAUAAAAAGAGACUUUGGAAGUGUGUCCUUUACGAACUCUCAAAGAAGAGCUUUGAACCAAAGACUAAUGUCACUCAGAGAGCAACCCAGCUUAUGUUUAGUCUCUUGACUAAAUAUAACGAAGGAAUUUCUCCAGCUCUUUGGGAUUUGAUGAUGAGAGAUUUACUUAAGGCUAUAUUCGAUGAUGUACAUAUCAAGCUGGAAACCAAGUCUACUGAUCAAGAAAUGCAUAAUACCUAUCUAGCAAAUACAGAUACAAUGGUCUCCAAUCUUAUUGGAUUGUUUAAUACUAUGGAGAAUGAGAAAUUUUCGGCAUCUGUGAAAAUUCUAUUUGAUACAAUUAGGAACUUUUCGUCAAAUUAUCCUAACUCACCAAUAUCCAAUGUGAUGCUUGAAGGAAUGAAAGAGCUAAGCAAGCACUGAAAAGAUAGGUUUGACAAGGACCUCUGCAAAGCAUAUAUUGACGUAGUCUGUAACCUCUUCGACAACAAGGAAGACAAGAAUCUCCUUGAACCUCAUGCAGAGAUUGAAAAAGAAGAAAGCAAAUAUGGAACUAGUAAGAGACUCACUAUUAUUUACCAGACCCAAGCUUCUCGGUUGCUGAAAUUAAUUGAGAAUGGGCAGCAAAUAACUGAGUUCUUUAAAAUUCUUGACUCUGAUGAUUGUCAAAGAAUACUGAAGAACAUUGAGUACGCCUAUGACGUAUCUCAUGAUUUCAACAUGAACAUUCAGAGGAGGUAUAACUUGUACACAAAGAUUGACUUGAAGACAAUGCAUGAGAAAAUUCCUAUCCUGCUCAAGCACCAUAUUAAAUGACUUGAGAUUUACUUUGAGCUCUUAAAUGGUUUGUACAAUAACCCGAAAGAAGGAAUAAAUAAAGAAGAAAUCACGUUUAAGAUAAUUGAGUUCUCGACUAAGGUCCUGAAGGAAUUCGCCUCGAAUUACGACAAGAUGCUUCAUAUGGGAAUGGAGCUUACAUCUGGCCAGAAUACUCAAAAGUAUGGCAGCAUUGACUUUGAAGAAGCCAUUGAAGAGAUGAAGAGAAUUCUAGUGUCAAUUUCAGAUAGAGUUUCUAAUUCUGUCCUAAAAACUCUACGCAACCUACACAAAUCAGAUCUGAAGCCCCAUGUAAAGACUCUGACUCCUCUGUUAAUAGAUUGUACAGUGUGUGACCAGCUGCAGUUCAAUCUCCGCUUGAAAGAGAUCUUGAAGAAGAUGUUUAAACUUUUGGUCGAUGAAUAAUAUAAUCUCAAUAUGAAAA